CUCUGGAGCCACUUCCGCGCCGGAGUUCCGCGUGUUCGGCAGUCGGGACCAUCCAGCACCGCGUUCUACUCAGGAGAAGCCGACCCCUCCCGCCUCGCCAGGAGCCCGCGAUGCCCGCCCCGCAGUGCGCCUCCUGCCGCAAGGCGCGAGCCGCCCUCCGCCGACCGCGCUCGGGCCAGGCGCUGUGCGGCACCUGCUUCUGCGCCGCCUUCGAGGCCGAGGUGCUGCACACGGUGGUGGCGGGCCGCCUGCUGCCGCCCGGCGCCGUGGUGGCCGUGGGCGCCUCGGGCGGCAAGGACUCCACUGUGCUGGCGCACGUGCUGCGCGAGCUGGCCCCGCGCCUCGCCAUCUCGCUGCACCUCGUGGCCGUGGACGAGGGCAUCGGCGGCUACCGGGACGCGGCGCUGGCGGCCGUGCGGCGGCAGGCAGCGCGCUGGGAGCUCCCGCUCACCGUCGUGGCCUACGCAGAGCUCUUCGGGGGCUGGACGAUGGACGCCGUGGCCCGCAGCACGGCCGGCUCCGGCCGCAGCCGCUCCUGUUGCACCUUCUGCGGGGUGCUGCGCCGCCGGGCGCUAGAGGAAGGGGCGCGCCGCGUGGGAGCCACGCACGUCGUGACGGGACACAACGCCGACGACAUGGCGGAGACGGUGCUCAUGAACUUCCUGCGGGGCGACGCGGGCCGGCUGGCGCGGGGCGGGGGCCUGGGCUCUCCGGGCGAGGGGGGCGCCCUGCCGCGCUGCCGCCCGCUGCAGCUGGCCUCGCAGAAGGAGGUGGUGCUGUACGCGCACUUCCGCCGCCUGGACUACUUCUCCGAGGAGUGCGUGUACGCGCCCGAGGCCUUCCGCGGCCACGCGCGCGAGCUGCUCAAGCUGCUGGAGGCGGCGCGGCCGUCGGCGGUGCUGGACCUCGUGCACUCGGCCGAGCGCCUGGCGCUGGCCCCGGCCGCGCGGCCCCCGCCGCCCGGCGCCUGCUCCCGCUGCGGGGCGCUGGCCAGCCGCGCGCUCUGCCAGGCCUGCGCCCUCCUGGACGGCCUGAACCGCGGCCGGCCCCGCCUGGCCAUCGGCAAGGGCCGCCGGGGGCUGGACGAGGAGGGGCCGCCGGGUCGCCGCGGGCCGCAGCCGUCCGGACCCCCGGCUUCGGAGCCCAUCCCCGGCUUCUAGAGACUCCGGUUCUCCGCUGGGAUCCGACGACGUGGGAGUGCGGGACCGCCUGUAAAUGACACUGUGAAGGAACCCGAGUUACCUUAGGCCGGGCUUCGGUGUGAGGUGGGGAAGGGGUCGGAACCCCUUACCUGUGAUCCUGCAGAAGCUGGGGCUCUGGGCUCCUGGGGCUGCGGAGGUCUCCUGGGUGUCUGGGGGACUCCUGGGCCCCAGGGAGGAGAGAACUAAACAACUUGCCAUUCCUGAGCGAGUGGGAAUUAGGGGGCUCCUUGCCUGUACCUCUGUGGGGUUCUGGGCGUGCUCAGAUAGUCCUAACCCUUCUUGAGCGCCUACUGUGUGCUUGAGGUUUCAUGUUUGCCUGCAGUGGGAUAAGCAAAACCAUGUAACUUGAUGGGCACGUCAGUUACAGCAAUCGUGAUGCUUCUGUGUGAGCACUGUACACAGGGGAGGCGCUGGGUCGUCUCGUUUCAUCCGCACCACGAUCUCAUUGGCUAUAGCCUGGGCCCCAUAACUGGCCUGAGGUCACCUCGCUGGAGCCCCAACUGGGGGCUCACACCCAGGUCUGCCUGGGGCUCCUCAAGACGGUGUAUUUAGUCCUUACCCCCCCCUCUCCCUGCCCACCACCACCCGAAUCUCUGUGUGAUGGGUGGGGAGCCACUGGGUCAGCUCCCCAGAGCUCAGAUUUCUGGAGGCAGAGCUGGGUGAACCUGGGUCAGUGACUUAACCUCUCUGGUCUUCCAUUUCCUCCUCUGAGAAUGGAAUCAAAGCCUCCCACCGAAGCACUGUUGUGAAUAUUUGAUAAAGCGUUCAAUAAAUGGUGUCCAACUUC